AUUACUGUAAAAUUUUAAUUAAAAAUUAAAAGGGAAAAUUCAUGAAUGGAAAAAACGCUAGAGGAAAGAUAUGAUUGUGGGCAAAUGAUAUAACAAGUCAACCACGCUAAAUUUACACUGACUUGGCAGAUACAAUUACCCAUUUGUCGGAGAACUAGGCAUGAAAACUUAUCGUGGUUUGACUCUAAUAGAUGAUUAAGUGUUACGUUUAAAAUAGUACGUCUAUGAUCGACAGGGCGGUACUGCGCAGCUAGUGCGCCCAACUCUGACUACGUGUACAGGCCAGAAGUGGACGCGUGGCUGCGCCUGCACACGGUGCCCGCCAUCUGGUCGGACGCGGGCAUGCGCUGCUACCUCGAAGGUGGGACGUUGGCUUCACCGACGACCAUCGGCAUGGCACAGGUGAUGUCAGCCAUGAUGGCCGAACACAAUCUGACGCGCAGCAUCUUUACCGGGAUAAACUCCAUCUUGACCGCGAAAAACUUCAAGUCUCUUGACGGAGUGCUGGUCUCCAAUAUCCCUCUACCCUGGGCUGACGGUCAGCCGGACGACGCGAACUCGGACGAGGACUGCUUGGUGCUGACGAGCGCGGGCGAGCUGGCUGACAUCAGUUGCGAGAGCUUGCUGCCAUACUUCUGCCGCAAGGAGAACAAAUGCGGUGCCAAGGACAAUGGUGACUGUUUGUCAGGGUACGAGUGGGAGCCCCGCACGGGGAGCUGCUACAAGUUCCACCGGACUGCAACGACCUGGUGUAAGGCCCUGGCCACGUGCCACGCCGAGGGCGGACGUCUGGCCAUCAUCAACAAUCCGACUGAGUCCGCUGCGCUUAAGGAAACCAUUCCAAAGAAUAAGAUUAUUGGGGCGUAUGAUGUAGAUUAUGCCUUUAUUGGAUUCAAACAAUAUUAUGAUGACGAAUGGGCUACAAUUAAUGGACCACUCCUGUUGCCUCUUAAAUGUUUCUUUCUAUUGACAGGUGACACUCUCGCCAAAGCAGGUUUCGAAAAGUGGUCAAACGGCGAGCCGAACAACCCAGGAACUGAGUGCUGUGGCUCCAUCUACCGAAACGGAUUGCUCAACGACGCCCAAUGCGAACUAGAAUUUCCAUUUAUUUGCGAGUUUACGCCUUAAUAUAAUCGGACCUGUUUGCCUAUAAAUCGUUUUUUUUAUACCACGUCGGUGGCAAACUAGCAUACGGCCCGCCUGAUGGUAUGCAGUCACCGUAGCCUAUGGACGCCUGCAACACCGGAGGUAUUACAUGCGCGUUGCCGACCCUUUAAAAACCUGUACACUCCUUUAUUGAAGAACCCCAUACUGUAGCCCCUCGGGAAAACCUCGGCAGGAAGUUCAUUCUACAGCCGGAGUGUUCGCGGGAGGAAAUUCCUCUUAAACAGAAAAGUAGCUACUGCAUGUAAUUGCAUGAUUUCUAUAAUAAUCUAAAUUGCAUUUUUUUCUUAUUUACUGCAUGUUAAUUAUAAUAUGUAAUGUUUUGAAAAGAUGUGCCCCGCCGAG